AUGGCUCUCGCGACCGCCGCCUCCGCAACACUAGCCGCGUACCUUAACGCCAAAUUCCACAUAGCAAAGGACGUCAAGGGUCUCUUGGUUGCGUCGCGCUCCUUUCGACGCCAUGACCAGGAAGCCGCCAAGGGCAAGCUGAACGCCUGGUUCGUCUUCGAGGCUUCAGUAUCCAAGUACCCAGACAUGCUGGCAAUCUGGUCGCGCGAAGGCACGUAUACAUACCGCGAAACCUACGAGCGAGCAUGCCAGUACGCGCACUUCUUCCUCUCCAAAGGCGUGAAGCGCGGCGAGCUCGUCGCGCUGUAUUUGCAGAACAGGCCGGAAUUUGUGUUUGCGUGGCUGGGGCUGUGGAGUUUGGGGUGUGCACCGGCGGCGAUUAAUUAUAAUCUCACGGGUGAUGCGCUGGUGCAUUGCUUGCGGAUUAGUGGUGCAAGGCUGGUACUUGUUGAUGACGAUUCAGGGUGUCUCGAGCGGAUCGAGGGUAUCCAGGGGGUGCUUGGUGGGGAGCUGAGGAUGGAGACUGUUGUUGUGGAUGAGAAGUUCAAUGUCGAUGUGAUUCCCAGCUUCCCUGGUACUGUUCCUGAAGGGGGGAAGUUGGCGAUGGAUACUUCCGGGGAGUACCCGUCCAUCCUGCUGUAUACGUCUGGAACGACGGGUAACCCGAAAGGAUGUGCGUACACCAUGUCGAGGCUGUACCAGUCGUUUAUCCUACGGCGGGAUGGGAUGGGUGAUAUAGACGGGCCUGAUGGUGAUAGAUGGUACUCAUGCAUGCCGUUGUACCACGGAACCUCUGCGAUGUCGCUUAUCAUCUGCCUGAGUACGGGGAUGUCGAUAGCGAUUGGGCGCAAGUUCAGCGUGCGACAGUUCUGGACAGACAUCCGCGACUCGGACGCCACGGCGUUCGUGUAUGUGGGCGAGGCAGCGCGGUAUCUACUUGCGGCACCACCAUCGACGCUGGACAAGGACCACCGUGUGCGAAUGAUGUACGGGAAUGGACUGAGACCUGAUAUCUGGGAACGCUUCAGGGAACGAUUUAAUGUGCCCGAGAUCGGAGAGUUCUUCAACAGUACAGAGGGCAUAUUCGCGCUGUUUAACCAUAACAAGGGACCCUUUACGGCUGGCAGCGUGGGCCAUCACGGUCUGAUUGCCCGGCUGCUGAUGAACAACACUUUUGUGCCUGUCGCGAUUGACCCGAAUACGGGAGAUGUACUUCGAGACCCAGAGACAGGGUUCGUGGUUCGUGCUCCGUAUGAAGUUGGUGGUGAAAUCCUCGUCAAUGUCCCAGGGAAAGAAGCGUUCCAGGGCUACUGGGCCAACGAAGAGGCCACGAACAAGAAAUUCCUCCAGAACGUUUUCAAGAAGGGGGAUCUCUAUUACCGGUCUGGCGAUGCACUCAGACGACAAUCAGACGGGCGUUGGUACUUCCUAGAUCGCCUAGGCGACACCUUCCGGUGGAAGAGUGAGAACGUCGCAACAGCCGAAGUCUCUGAAGUUCUCGGCGCAUUCCCAGCCAUCCUCGAGGCAAACGUCUACGGCGUCACGGUCCCCAACCAUGAAGGUCGUGCAGGCUGUGCCGCACUCCAACUCAGACAGGGAAGCACAGACGCCGACCUUAAAGACCUAGCUCGGUUCUUGCGUGCCCGACUCCCCAAAUACGCCGUGCCAGUGUUCCUGCGCGUUGUGGAGAACUCGACGCACACGGACAACCAUAAGCAGGGGAAGGUAGCACUACGUGAGGAAGGGGUUGAUCCAGAGAAGAUCGGAAGUAAGGUGAGUGAGGGUAAGGAUGAUCGGUUUUUCUGGCUGCAGCCAGGGGACGAAGGGUAUAAGCCGUUUGGGGGCGCUGAGUGGGGGUCGAUCGUUGGUAGGAAGGUUAGGUUGUAG